AGUCAUGCCGGAAUGGGCCGGCGGCCCCUUCGGGAUCCCGGGGUAAAAAGAAACUCGCUGCUGGGAGCUGGGCAGUCGCCAGCAUAAGUUGGUGAGCAUAGCCGUGCCGUCAGAGUUCGGCUUGGCACAAGACCAUGCUCCGCCGCGACCAGCCGAACUUGGAAGCAAGAUUGAUCAAUGGGGCCAACGAGGACUCCUGAACCGAGAGAGAAGAAUAUUGUAAUCCUGCCGUGGCUGCUAGGAGCUCAAAUGUUAGCGACACACAACGCGUGCGGGUGGCUGUGGCGAAUGAAACCAAGCUUAAAGGAGUCGUGCUGCUGGCUUUCGGGUUGGGAUGCCUGCGCCGGCCUCGCGGGUCGUGUGCCGCGAAGGUUUAGUGCUAGAAGGCACUUACGAGGAAUUAGCACGUUGUCUCAGGGGAAGCCGUUAGCGCCCAAGAACAGGGCCCUGGAGCACAUUGUACUAGAGAAUGUUCGGGGGCCGACCGCCACGGCUGAGAGACUAAGAGAAGACCUGCACGGAUGUGCUGAUCUAGUUGCGGUUUAUGAGAUGAUCUACUCUCUGCGGCUGAGGAUUGAAAGGGGCUCGGAAGGCUCUCUUGAGAGAGUGGUCGACGAGAUCUGGCGCGGCACAGUUUGGUGACACGGCGGGAGGCAGGGUUUUCGAGGGCGUUUGUCUUUUGGGUGGUCUUGUGUGGUUUUGUGUGUCGUUUGUGGCUGGCAGCAGUU